AUUUCUUUUUCAAAUUUCUUGCAUAUACCUUUCGUUUUCAAAGCAGUCCAAAAGCAAAGCAAACAAAGCAAAGCUAAGAAGACAACCAGACACUGAAAACCAAAGCAUCUCCCUCUCAGCUAAGCAAACAAUUUCCGUUAACCCUAAAACCCAAGCCACCUCUUUCUCCACCGGCAUUGAUUCCCAAUGGACGAAUCGGAGCAGUACCCAAAGGAGUUUUACCCGAACGAUGGAAUGACCAGAAGGGUGUCUUCUUCUUCCUCCUCCUCCACCACGAGCGUCCAUGUCACGGCCUUGGACGGCUUGGUAAACGUGAAUUCCCUCUUCACCAUCGCCGUGUUUGUCGGGCUCUCCCUCACCACGCCGGGGCAGCGCAGCCUGGAGAGCCGUUCGGCGUGCGACGCCGGCAUCGACAUGGCCAAGAAGCUCCUCGUCUUCGAAGUGGUGUCGUUUAGCUUCUUCCUUUGGUCCUCGCUGGUGGCGCAGGGGCUCAAGCUGGCGCUCAACUUGCUCAACAGCAAGGACACAGACGAGGCCUUCCGGGCCCACAUCAAUCUGAAGGCCCUGAGGCUGGGCAUGCUGGGCUCCGCCAUUGGGUCCGUCAUGGGCUGCCUCUUCCUGGUGUUGUCCAUGGUCAACGUCAUCCAGAUCCGCCUCGGUGUGCUCUCCUGCGGUAGCAAGGCCGCCGUGCACGCUGUCACCGCCAUGGUCGUCUUGGUCUCUUCCGCUCUCGUGCUUUAUAUCUCCACUGCUAUCUAUGCCUUCACUCACUGAAAUCAUAAUACUGUCAGUUGUUUUAUAUGAAAAAUGGUUCCUUUUUAAUAUGUUGUUGCUUGAAUCGGCGAUGGGGUGAGCAAGUAGGGAUUGGAGAGAAAUAUUUUAGUGUGUUUUCUCUCUUUACAUGUUUUCAAAACGAAAGGAAGAAAGAAAUAUUUACUGACAGUUUAUUUUGUC